GUACUAUCAUGUUCCUUCUUGUGUUGAAACAUUGUACGUAUUUGUUUCUAUAACGUUUACAAUAUCUGCGUAAAGAAGAUUUUAAUACUCGAUCAUUCCUGGUAACGUCAUGAAGAGCGACUGAUAACAAGAGCUUCAACUCCUGAAAACGUUAUCGGUGUGUUGACCUCACUGCAAGGCACUCAAGAUAGGAACCGAGGUCACGGAAGUCUGCAAGCAUGAACCUCCUCUUCCUCUUCCUAAUCAAGAUUUUGCUCUCCUUCCUCCUGGAGGAGGUAACAAGCACAGAGAAGGAGACAGGCCCUGUGCCUUACGCGUCCUUAUAUAAUGGCAUUGCUUUUAGACAAUUUGGAAAAGAAACUAGAGGCAGAAGGAGCCAGGGCGACUUCGGAAAAAUCCCCGAAUUUGGCGCAAACUUCAUAAAAUGCAUCCACGAGAAGGAAACGAUACAGGAAGCCCAGAACACUACCAUGCAACUCUCUUGUGCUCAGAGACCGAAACCAACAAACGCAACCGUAGAAAACGGGAAAUCCAGCGACCAAAAUAAGCACAGUAACUCGGGAAAACGAAAGAAGAGGGUUCCAGGUGAUGAAGCAAAUGUUUAUCCCUGGAAGAAGCAAGCGCCAAGGAAAAGGGAAUCAAAAAAAAUUCACAGAAAUACGUAUAGAAAAAAUAAUAAAUCCAAAAGGGAUGGAAAUGGAUCGUCGAGCGAGGAAAGUAGCAACGACGACGACAGCGGAAAAACAAAGAAACCUAACGGGAAUUAUUCCAACAGGAAGACACAACAGUACGCCGGUAAACAAGGGAAAAAUAAGAAGAAAAGGAGAAAGAAUUCGUGGAAAAGUGCAGGACAGUUCAGGGGUAAUAAAACAUCUGCAUCUUGUGGAAACUCCUAUACAAUGGAUGUGGGCGACAAACUCACCUUCAAACUACCAAGAAAGUCUGCGACCUGCGAAAUUACAUUCGAGACAACUUCACGCGCUGCUUUGAACGUGAAGUGCAAAAGAUUAUCUCUUCGAGAAUGCAGCACCGAGUACCUGUACCUCCACGACGGCAAUGAAGAACAAUUAUAUUGCGGAAAAGCAGGCCCACAGCAACUAACACAAGCACAAAAUGCUUAUUUCCUAUAUGAGCGUUUAUCGGGAAGGGCUGCCAAAUCCAGGAUUCACUGUACGAUUGCGGGAGUCAAAAUGAAUGGAGGAGGAGGUUCUGGAAGUGGCAGUGGCAGUGGCAGUGGCAUGGCAAGUGGCGUGGCAGUGUGGCAGCAGUAG